AUGGCUUCUACCAAUAAACGGUCCGCCGAUGAUGUUAACCUAAGCGGGCAGCCACCUAUUAAAAAAGUACAGUUUGAACCCAUACAAAUCGGCCCGAUAUCGAUGUUAGAAGAAUUAGAUAUCAAAGUAAUUCAGUUUCAAAAUAAAAAACUUGCCCAGAGGUUAGAGCAGAGGCAUAGAAUAGAAGCUGAACUUAGGCAGAGGAUAGAACAGCUAGAAAAAAGACAAACGCAAGAUGAUGCAGUCUUAAAUGUUGUAAAUAGAUAUUGGAAUCAGUUAAAUGAAGAUAUACGUGUUCUUCUUCAAAGGUUUGAUGCAGAAACUGCUGAUGAAUCUGAAAAUAAAAAUGAAAAUGAAGCUACUACUUCCUUUUUAAUGCAAUUAUCCACUUGGGAUAAAGAAGAAUUGGAUGAUAAGUUAGCAAAUAGGGUUCAGGUAUCAAAAAGAGCUGUGGCCAAAGUCAUUCAGGCAUUUGAUAGGUUAAUGCAGAGAAAUGAAAAAAUCACGCUGGCACUGAAGGGAGAAUUAGAUGGAGGUCAUUUGUGGAAUCUUCUACAGUCCUGUCCUGUAGAAUAUGAGAAACCUAAUAUGGAUGAAACAAUUAGGCAAGCCAAUAUAGAUCUGCAAGCUGAAAAUAGAAAUCUUCAUACUUUAAAUACAUCAUUACAUGAGAAAUAUCACACAAUGUCACUUAAGAUGUCAGAAUUACAAGAUCUAGUCACUGGUAAAGAUACUGAAGCGGCAGAAUUAAGAAAUCAAAUAGAUGAUUUACAGUAUGAAUUAUUAAAAGUAACAGCUCGUAAUGAUAAGUUAGAAAAUCAUUUGGCUGAAGCCAUUGAAAAAAUAAAAACUUACAAACAACUCCAGUCGGAAGAAAAAGGUUCAGAAAAAGGGAAGCCAGUCGUAACAAGUUUAUCCCACAAAAAAGUAAUAAAACAAUAUUUGACGUUAGAAGAAUUGCAAAAAGAUUUAGAAGAGCAAAGAGAAUUAGCAAAUAAUCGUCUCCAAGAAUUAGAUAAACUUCAUCAGCAGCACAGAGAAACGUUGAAAGAAGUUGAAAAAUUAAAAAUGGAUAUUAGACAGUUGCCAGAAUCUGUAGUUGUAGAAACAACAGAAUACAAAUGUCUUCAAUCUCAAUUUUCAGUUUUAUAUAAUGAAUGUAUGCAACUUAAAACUCAAUUAGAAGAAACUAGGCAUGCUUUACACAAUUCUAAAAAUAAUCAUUUGAGGCAAAUAGAAAUAAUGGAAAGUGAUGAAUUAGCCAAUCAAAAAAAACUUCGAUCCGAAGUUAUAGUUUUAGAGGAUGCACUUGCACAAACGAGAAAAGAAUAUGAAAUGUUGAGAAUAGAGUUUGAACAAAAUUUAGCAGCAAAUGAACAAACCGGUCCCAUCAAUAGAGAAAUGAGGCAUUUAAUUACUUCUUUGCAAAAUCACAAUCAGCAAUUAAAGGGAGAAGUACACAGAUAUAAAAGAAAAUACAAGGAAGCUAACAGUGAGAUACCCAAGGUAUGUGAAAUGUCAGCCCUCUGGAAUUAUCCCGUUUCAAAUCGAUACUCUGUCCUAAAAAAGCAAAUCGAAGAAUUCCAAUGUAGAAGAGGGAGUUUAGAUAUGAAAUGUGAAAUCAAAGAAGAAGGACCUCCCAAACAAGAAGAAUCUUCGCCUCCGUGUGAAAUAAUCAAGGAGGAACAGGAUUAUAUUAAACAAGAACAUGCAGACGAAACAAACGAAGUAAAAAAAAAAGAAAAAAAAAUUUUUUUAAAAAUAUUUUGGUGUACUAAAAAAGAUAAAUCUGGAGAUUUAAAAAAAUCAGAUAAAGAUUCGAAAAAAGAUGGGGCUGCGUCUAGUCCUGCUGCGGCUAUUAAAUCAGAUACCAAAGAGCAUCAUAAUUCAAACAGUCCUCAUCAAAGAGCAAAAGUUCCCGACACGGAGCUUGUAAGAGAUUUAAAAGCUCAAUUAAAGAAAGCUCUGAACGAACAAAAAGAAAUGAAACUGUUGUUGGAUAUGUAUAAAGGAGUAAGCAAGGAGCAAAGGGACAAAGUUCAAUUGAUGGCCGCUGAAAAAAAAACGAGAGCUGAAUUGGAAGAUUUAAAACAACAAAAAAUUAAGCAACUUGAAGAGCAAGCGUACCAAUUACAAAAACAGGUUGCCACCCAAAAACAAACCGACGGAAGUUGGACCGGACAUAGUAAUUUUCAUUUAAUGAGACCAUUUGAGGAAGAGGCUCUUUUAAAUGAAAUGGAAGUAACCGGUCAAGCUUUCGAAGAAAUGCAAGAACAAAAUUCUAGACUAAUACAACAGUUGAGAGAAAAAGAUGAUGCCAAUUUCAAAUUGAUGACCGAAAGGAUAAAAUCAAAUCAAUUGCACAAGUUAUCGAGGGAAGAAAAAGAAGUUUUGAAAGAACAGGUGUUGACUCUCACCACGCAAGUCGAAGCCACAAACGUCGUUGUUAGAAAGCUUGAAGAAAAAGAAAGGAUACUGCAAAAUGCAUUGGCGACAGCGGAAAAAGAAUUGAGCGUUCGUCAGCAAGCCAUGGAAAUGCAUAAACGAAAAGCGAUCGAAAGCGCUCAAUCAGCAGCCGAUCUUAAAUUGCACUUGGAAAAAUAUCACGCUCAAAUGAAGGAAGCACAGCAAGUGGUGGCUGAAAAAACGAGCGCGCUCGAAGCCGAAGCAUACAAAACCAGAAGACUUCAAGAGGAAAUGGCUCAAUUGAGAAGGAAAGCGGAAAGAAUGAAGAAAAUAGAAUUGGCGGGUACGCUUGACGAAGUCAUGAUGGAAGAAAUUCGGGAAUACAAGGAAACGUUGACGUGUUCCUCGUGUAAAGUCAAAAGAAAAGAUGCGGUUCUCAGUAAAUGUUUUCACGUUUUCUGUUGGGAUUGUCUUAGAACGCGUUACGAAACGCGUCAGCGAAAAUGUCCCAAAUGCAACGCAGCUUUCGGAGCAAACGAUUAUCAUAGACUAUACCUUUCUUAA